UCCCAACUUUUUCUUCUUUCGCCAUUUUCUCAUUUUGGAUCUGAAUCUCAUUGUUGUUCACUGUGGGUUCACUUCCUCCUAAUCGAUAACUUACUCUCGACAAUGGCCUUCGCUACUACGUUCGUUGCAAUUCCAAGCCUCGCAUGAGAGCCGCUCUCGCUCUCGUCGUCAGGGCUGGGUAGCCGAUAACCUAACCUAACCUAAUUAUCCAUUCAUAUAUGCCGUGUAUUAUGAAUCAUUCAAUGCUGAAUCGCUGAUUGUGAAAUCGGUUACGGCAAAUCAGUUCUCGAACAAGAGGAUGAACGCGGAAUUGCUCACAUUGUUAAAUACCUCGCGUUCAGUGCCACCAAGAAAUACACCAAUCACGACAUCGUAAAAUUCCUCGAGAGUAUUGGAGCCGAAUUCGGGGCUUGUUAGAACGCUGUGACCUCUGCCGACGACACAAUUCUGGUGGAAGUGGGCCCCUUCACAAAUCAAAAAGAAGUGCAUGCAAACCCUAGUAUGGGGGAAGGAAGCAGAAAUCAUGUUGUAAUGGAUUUGAUGCGUGUGUUAUUAGGGUUUAUAUGGGUUAGGGGCAGUUUCGAGGGAAUUUGAUGUGGUGACGUAAGGUCUGUUUUACUUUUGUUUUCUUUUAUCAUCAUUUCUAAUUAGCAUUUACGAAAUCCCUUUGAGAUGCUAGUGUGGCGCGAUGCAUACUCCAUGGCCUGCCUCCACUCCUUUGGUAAAUGACGAGUUCAGGGAGUCACUUAGCAUUUUAGAUUUGGGAAUCAUCAUGGGAAGGAUGCUUCUUGGACUUUGCCAUAGUAAAAGUGUCGAGACAAACUCAAAAGAGCAAUAGGGUUUCUAAAUUGGGGGACUCGAGGCACCAACUUGUCAAUUAGGAAUUUGAUGUGGUGGAUCCGCAAUUGAUGGCACUACUUUUGAAUAAGAUUAAUAUGCUUAAAUGUUUUGGCGUCCAUGUGUUGAUAUCCAUUAUUGACCACUAACUUUUGCUUCAAUGUGAUUCUAGUUCUGAUAAUAUUUGUGUGUGUCUAUUUUAAUAAGGAUGAAAACCAAUUAUAGGAAUUCCUAGGGAGGAAAAAGAAUUCGAGUUUGCUUAGUGGAUGUGAAAUCAAAGCGCAAAUAUUCAAGUAAUUUUCUUAUAACACAUUCUCUUUUCGCUUAAAGUUUUUGUGUUUUAGGUAUUGUUGGUUUAGUAAUUGCUAAGGAAGGCAGUCUGCCUGACUCUUCUGGUCUCGUCUCUAGUGCUUUGAAGAUUCGAGUUUCGAAGGAUAACUUGGCGAAAGAGAGAGGAGCUGUCUUGGAAGAGUACAGGGGAAGCAGAAAUGCCAGGGGGCGGCUGUAGGAUGUUCAUUGGAUAACACUUGCUACUUGCUAUAUUAUUAGCCAAUGUUGAUUAAAAUGUAUGCUGAACGACUGGCAAUUGGCCUAGAGAAAGUGAUUCGAACGGUUUCUUCAGAGACUGUGAAGCAUUUUUACAAGAAGUGUUACCAUUUAUGCAAUAUGGCAAUAAUUGCAGUUGGAGAUUUAUCUGAUACGCAGCUUGUCUAUCAACUGUUUACAACAAAUUUAACACCAGGUGAAGAAGAUAUCAAAAUAGUUAUGCAGAUGGCUGAAGAAGCAGUAUCUGCUCAAGAUAGGGAUCCAUACACUGCUUUUACAAACCGUGUAAAAGAGCUUCACUAUGGCAACUCUUAUUUUUUCCGGCCUAUUAGAAAAAGUGACCUACAAAAGGUUGAUCCACGGAAAGCUUGUGAAUUCUUCGGUACAUGUUUCAAAGAUCCAUCAACUUUUACUAUUGUGAUUGUUGGAAACAUUGAUCCAAGAACCCAAAACUUAUGAAGGCACAAGCAGAAAUGCAAGCAUUUAUGCAACAACAGAUGCAAGAGCAAAUGCAAUCUUUUAAGAGAGAAUUGUUGUCUGUUUUGAAGAAACAAGAAUGAAAAAGAAUCCAAAACUUUGUUUGUCUUUUAAUUGUGUUAAUGCAUUACUUUUUAUUGAUACCCUCCAAUGCUUUUGUGUCCUAAAACUAUUAUACAUUGGUGGAAACUUUUAUGUUGUUUUGUACUGUUGGAUGGAUAUACUUUGAUAAUU